UGUGUGUGUGUGUGUGUGUGUAUGUGUGUGUGUGUGUGUCCUGCAGCAUGCAGCACAAAGGGGUUCUGCAGCCAGAGAUCCAUGUGUGGUUCUACACUCCCUCAUUGUUCCUCGGAGUGUGAGGGGCGUUAACCCGGAGCACACACACACACACACACACAAACACACACACAAACACACACACACACACACCGCGGGGAGACACACACAAACCUCCGAGCUCUGCCGCGGGGACACGCAGCUACUCUACCCGGACAACAGGCGAGGCAGCCCGGCUUCAGCAGCCGCCGCGCCCCGCUGGAGGAGGAGGGGAUGGAGAAGACCCGGAUCAUGAGUGUGUGUGUGUGUGAGAGAGGAGGAGAAAACUUAGAAGAACAGAGAGGAUAAAGGAGGAGAGGAGAGAGGAGGGCGUUCAUUGUGGACCCGGAGCGAUCUGAUCACCAUGGAUCCGGAUCACACGGAGGCCGGAGAGGGAGGGAGUGUGUGUCCUGUCCUCGGCUCAGCAGCUGCAGACACGUCGCCUGAGAUAAGAACAGAAAACUGUUUGGAGCUGUUGAGCAAAGCGAAGCGGUGCGGCGCGGCGGGCGAACAGGAGCGGAUCUACCGCUUCAUGAGCGACCACUACCUGAUGGUGCUGCGGACCCCCGGGCUGUUCGGCCGGCUCUCCGCGGGGGAGAGGGAGCGCAUCCUUGCUCGCAGGAUGGAGGGGGACAAGGUGCUGACGGUGGCGGAGACCUGUGACGGGGGGAGCCGGGAGAGCCCGCUGCUGCCCGGCCCGGAGGACUGCAGCCCCCGCAGAGUGUUCUGCCUCCACCCGGAGAGCCGGCGGUGGGAUGUGCUGACCCGGCUGCCAGAGGAGGUCCCGACUAAAGGCUCCGGGAUGUGCACCUUGUACAACUACCUGUUCGUGGCGGGGGGGAUGAGCGCGCACGUUGCGUCAGACCGGGUGUUCUGCUUCAACCCGCGGACCGGACUCUGGUCCCCGGUCCGUCCACUCAGCCAGCCCCGCUGCCAGCUCAGACUGGUCUCCAUGGACGGCUUCCUGUACGCCAUCGGGGGGGAGUGUCUGUUCACGGUGGAGCGCUACGACCCGCGCGUGGACAGGUGGAGUCACGUGGCUCCGCUGCCCAAAGGCUCUUUCGCGGUUGCGCACGAGGCGACCCCGUGCGGCGGGGAGCUGUUCGUGUCCGGGGGCUCGCUCUUCUACCGGCUGCUCCGCUACGACCCCCGCCGGGACGAGUGGGAGGAGUGUCCGUUCAACGAGAGCCGGCGCCGCUCCACGGACAUGGUGGCGCACCGCAGCCUCGUGUACCGCUUCGACGUGGAGCGGGAGCGCGCGGGGGUGAGCGUGCACAGGUACAACACGGUGGUGAAGGUGUGGCACGGGGGAGCCUUCUUCCCGCUCCAGAACCCGCUCCCGUUCCGCUGCGCCGUGCUCCGGGACCGGGUCUACUGCGUCAACCGGAGCCAGGUUCUGCAGUUUGAGGUGCGCGAGGAGCGGGAGGACUUUCUGCAGGAGGUGCUGCCCCCCCCAUCAGAGGCCCGUGGAGCCCUGGUACCCUUUGUCCUCUGUCUGAACCGGGACAAGUCAUCUAUCCCGGGUUAAAUGUUCUGUGCCUUCUCUCUGAUCUUUAAAUGAGUGUUUGUGUUUCCGGUUUCUGGAGGAGAAAGUUUAGUCCUGGAGGGCUCAGCUCCGUGUAACCAUGUUACCAUGGCAACCGUGUCUCCAUGGCAACAAGUAAGUCCAGUUUACCUGGAUCUAAAGUCAAGGUUGGAUGUUAUGGUGGCCGGGAGGGGUCAGACUAAUGUCACAUCUACGACAAAACAACACGAUGAGACAGUUACCAUGGUAACCAUCCAUCAAGCCCUGAUCAGACGGCCCAUUCAAAGCGUGACGUCCCUUCAACAUGAACAUCACAGAGUGUCAGAAACACCGACCACAGAGCGCCCGUUUGUGUUGUCGUGGUCGUGUUGUCGUGGUCGUGUUGUCGUGGUCGUGUUCUCGUGGUCGUGUUGGCGUUCUUCCUGAUAACGCCGGAGUGUGAUUGCAAAGCGAUUUUUAUCCACAGUUUGACACCUCCCGGCCACCGUACUACAAAGUGUUUACCUUUAAACCUUUCACUUUGGCUUCAUCUGGGUUUACUUGAUGGAUUCAGUCGCCAUGGAAACGGUCCAUUCCUCGUUCUCUGAAGAUGACAUCAUAUCACAGAAACUCUUUGUCUCCUCAGACUCACCUGGACUUUAUGAGCAGGUGCGUUUGUUUACAGACGGGUGGGGUUUAACAAAGACACACAGAAACCCCCCCCCCCCCCCACCUUCAACCAACAGGUCAAACACUCUGAGCAUGAUGUCAUCCUGCACAAUGAGCUGCUAUACAUAAACUUUGUGUUAUUUAAAGGACGAUAUAUGAAACAUGAUAACCUGAAAGAAACGCUGAGCAGACACCUGAACACAUGACAACAUCUCCUCAUCUGUGUGUCUGCAUGUAAACAGGUACUGAGUGUGAUUAAUGUGAUAUUUAACAGCCUGAUAUGUUUGUCAUGUGACCACAGAGAGGUUUCUGCUUUUACUCGUCAGAUAAUCCACUUUCUUCCUUCAGUGUGUUGAUGGAUAAAAAACUACAACAUGUUUAGGACUUCUCAGCUUUAUUAAAGCUUUGUUUUGUUUAUAUCA